AUGCAUCCUACGCCCGCCAAGCUUGUCGCGCUGCUGGCCGUCACCGCUCAAUGGUCCGGCGUCGCUGCUGGUCCGAUUGAGAAAAGAGAUGACUCCACCUUCUCCGGUACAUCAACCGCCCCCACAGCCGCUCCUGUGGAGACCAUCAGCACUGAGAUAGUGAGCCGACCGACUAUCACUGGCGUAGCUCCCACUCUAUCACCAAACGCAUCAAGCUCCCUGGCCCCCAGCGGCGAUUUCCCGAUCUGUGAUUUCAGCAUUGCAAAGCCGUUCUGCCUGCCGACCAACAACUCGGAAGUCUACGUCGGUGAGCGCUACUACGUGACGUGGAAUCCGCACUAUUUCAAGCCCAAUUCGACCGUCAAUAUCCUGCUCAAUUGGUUCAAUGAUACGAACAGAAAUGUGUGGGCAAGCGGGCCCAUGCAGAGCAAGUUUGGCGUCACAGCUAUCGACAUGAAACAAGAAUGGCUGCAAGGUUAUACAGCCUACAACCUCACUUUCUUCGCACAACACUUGGACGCUGCCGCUGGAACUACCGCAAUCGUGUACGAUGGUCCAACAGUGGAGCUCCAGGCAAAACCUUCGAGACAUCUGGAGCCACAGGAGGCCCCGAAAUCGGCCCGUGAAAUGGGACUGAAGGUUGGAGUGCCGGUUUGCUUGGGAUUCGCGGUCCUCGUCGUUGUCGGGUUGGCAUUUGGAAUGCGUAAGCACAGGCGCAUUGGCCUCGGUAACGUCAUGGGUCGCAAAAGAGGCUACGGCAGCCGUAAAGCGCGGUGGCAGCGUUUGGGUCGUGGUAAAGCUAGCAAAAAGGAUGAUCUCUUGCAGGAACAUGAGUUGCUCAGAUCCGGGGAAUACCAGGAUGACCCGCUGGCGCAACGGAAGCUCUCGAGCGAUUCGAGUUUGGACACAGCUGUGGAAAGGCCAUCGGAUGAUCGAAAUGCGUUCAGGGAGGAGAUGGAGAGACAGAAGACGGGUAGCCGGCAGUGA